AUGGGCGUAGAAGGAGAGGAGAUGAGGAGCACGGAAGGAGGAGAGAGGGAGGCAGGAAGUAGUGGCCUAGACGGAGGUGUGCAGAGAAGACUCUGGUGGGAAGGAGUGGUAGGGAGAGCCAGAGAAGUUCGAAGAGUGGGGGAGAUGGAUUGUGAGAGGAGUGAGUGUCGCUGACGAGGUAGGGUGAAUGCAGAGUGGUGAGGGAAUGUGUGACAUGACCUGUCUGCUCUCUGUUAAUAUGCAGCUUUGUAUCAGCGACACAUUAUCAGCACAAUGGGCUGUCUGAAAAGUGUGUGCGUGUGUAUAUGUGUGUGUGAGAGUCGGAGUGUGUGUAUGUGUGGGUGACUGACAGAGUGUGUGUAUGUGUGGGUAACUGACAGAGUGUGUGUAUGUGUGGGUGACUGACAGAGUGUGUGUAUGUGUGGGUGACUGACAGAGUGUGUGUAUGUGUGGGUGACUGACAGAGUGUGUGUAUAUGUGGGUAAAUGUCAGAGUGUGUGUAUGCGUGGGUGACUGACAGAGUGUGUGUAUAUGUGGGUAAAUGUCAGAGUGCGUGUUUGCGUGGGUGAAUGACAGAGUGAGUGUAUGUGUGGGUGAAUGACAGAGUUUGUGUAAUGUAUGUGCAUGUGUGUGUGUACAAGAAAGUGUCCUUGUCCAAAGGUUUAUAUGUGAGAGUGGAGAUGCAGGGGGGGGGGGGGGGGGCAAGAUACCUGUCUUUUGCCUCAGUGUGUCUGUCCUUUAUCUGUCUACCUAACAGCUUAUUAUAAAAGAUCAUAGCAUUUGCAUUUACUCAAGUUUGCUGACGACAUGACGGUGGUAGGCCUGAUCACUGGCGUAGAUGAGACCAGCCUACAGGAUGGAGGUCAGUGACCUGGCAGUGUGGUGCCGGGACAACAACCUCUCCCUCAACGUCAGCAAGACAAAGGACAUAACUACAAUAAACGGGGUUGGGGGGCGAGCAUGCCCCCAUCUACAUCGACGGGGCUGCAGUGGUGCGGGUAGAGAGCGUCACAUUCCUCAGUGUCCAAAUCACUAAGGACUUCAAAUGGUCCACUCACACAGUCUUGAAGAAGGCACGACUGCACCUCUUCCCCCUCAGGAAGUUGAAAAGGUUUGGCAUGGGCCCUCAAAUCCUCUAAAAGUUCUACAGCUGCACCAUUGAGAGCAUCUUGACUGGCUGCAUCACCGCUUGGUAUUGCAACAGCACCGCCGUCGAUCUCAUGGCGCUACAGAGGGUGGAGCAGACAGCCCAGUACAUCACUGGGGCUGAGCUCCCUGCCAUCCAGGACCUCUAUAUCAGAGCUCCCUGCCAUCCAGGACCUCUAUAUCUGAGCUCCCUGCCACCCAGAACCUCUAUAUCAGAGCUCCCUGCCAACCAGGACCUCUAUAUCAGAGCUCCCUGCCAUCCAGGACCUCUAUAUCAGAGCUCCCUGCCAACCAGGACCUCUAUACCAGGCGGUGUGAAAAGAAGGCCCGGAAAAUCGUUAAAGAAUCCAGCCACCCAAGCCAUAGACUGUUCUCUCUACUUCCGCACGCCAAGCGGUGCCCCAAGCCAUACGACUGUUAAAUAGCUAACAGACUAUCGGAGUUGACCCUUGUAUUUGAUUUUUGCACUGUCUCUAUACAUACUCACAGAACUCUACACACUCACACACACAUAACAUCCACACACAUUUAUACUGACGAUACACACACUCACAUACAAUCAUCAUAUACGCUGCUGCUAUCUGUUUAUCAUAUAUCCUGACACCUAGUCACCUUCCCCUAUACAUAUCUACCUCUAUCACUCCAGUACCCCUGCACAUUGUUAAUAUGGUACUGGAACUGACCCUGUAUAUAGUCACCUUACCCCUAUACAGUGAGGGAAAAAAGUAUUUGAUCCCCUGCUGAUUUUGUACGUUUGCCCACUGACAAAGACAUGAUCAGUCUAUAAUUUUAAUGGUAGGUUCAUUUGAACAGUGAGAGACAGAAUAACAACAAAAAAAUCCAGGAAAACGCAUGUCAAAAAUGUUAUAAAUUGAUUUGCAUUUUAAUGAGGGAAAUAAGUAUUUGACCCCUCUGCAAAACAUGACUUAGUACUUGGUGGAAAAACCCUUGUUGGCAAUCACAGAGGUCAGACGUUUCUUGUAGUUGGCCACCAGGUUUGCACACAUCUCAGGAGGGAUUUUGUCCCACUCCUCUUUGCAGAUCUUCUCCAAGUCAUUAAGGUUUCGAGGCUGACGUUUGGCAAACUCGAACCUUCAGCUCCCUCCCACAGAUUUUCUAUGGGAUUAAGGUCUGGAGACUGGCUAGGCCACUCCAGGACCUUAAUGUGCUUCUUCUUGAGCCACUCCUUUGUUGCCUUGGCCGUGUGUUUUGGGUCAUUGUCAUGCUGGAAUACCCAUCCACGACCCAUUUUCAAUGCCCUGGCUGAGGGAAGGAGGUUCUCACCCAAGAUUUGACGGUACAUGGCCCCGUCCAUCGACCCUUUGAUUAGGUGAAGUUGUCCUGUCCCCUUAGCAGAAAAACACCCCCCUAAGCAUAAUGUUUCCACCUCCAUGUUUGACGGUGGGGAUGGUGUUCUUGGGGGUCAUAGGCAGCAUUCCUCCUCCUCCAAACACGGCGAGUUGAGUUGCUGCCAAAGAGCUCGAUUUUGGUCUCAUCUGACCACAACACUUUCACCCAGUUCUCUUCUGAAUCAUUCAGAUGUUUAUUGGCAAACUUCAGACGGGCCUGUAUAUGUGCUUUCUUGAGCAGGGGGACCUUGCGGGCGCUGCAGGAUUUCAGUCCUUCACGGCGUAGUGUGUUACCAAUUGUUUUCUUGGUGACUAUGGUCCCAGCUGCCUUGAGAUCAUUGACAAGAUCCUCCCGUGUAGUUCUGCGCUGAUUCCUCACCGUUCUCAUGACCAUUGCAACUCCAAGAGGUGAGAUCUUGCAUGGAGCCCCAGGCCGAGGGAGAUUGACAGUUAUUUUGUGUUUCUUCCAUUUGCGAAUAAUCGCACCAACUGUUGUCACCUUCUCACCAAGCUGCUUGGCGAUGGUCUUGUAGCCCAUUCCAGCCUUGUGUAGGUCUACAAUCUUGUCCCUGACAUCCUUGGAGAGCUCUUUGGUCUUGGCCAUGGUGGAGAGUUUGGUGGAGAGCUCCCUUUAAGAGUGUGCUCCUAAUCUCAGCUCGUUACCUGUAUAAAAGACACCUGGGAGCCAGAAAUCUUUCUGAUUGAGAGGGGUUCAAAUACUUAUUUCCCUCAUUAAAAUGCAAAUCAAUGUAUAAACAUUUUUGACAUGCGUUCUUCUGGAUUUUUGUUUUGUUAUUCUGUCUCUCACUGUUCAAAUAAACCUACCAUUAAAAUUAUAGACUGAUAAUUUCUUUGUCAGUGGGCAAACGUACAAAAUCAGCAGGGGAUCAAAUACUUUUUUCCCUCACUGUACAUAUCUAUCUCCAUCACUCCAGUAUCCCUGCACAUUGUUAAUAUGGUACUGGAACUGACCCUGUAUAUAGUCCCCUGACCCCUAUACAUAUCUACCUCCAUCACUCCAGUAUCCCUGCACAUUGUUAAUAUGGUAUUGGAACUGACCCUGUAUAUAGUCACCUUACCCCUAUACAUAUCUACCUCCAUCACUCCAGUAUCCCUGCACAUUGUUAAUAUGGUAUUGGAACUGACCCUGUAUAUAGUCCCCUGACCCCUAUACAUAUCUACCUCCAUCACUCCAGUAUCCCUGCACAUUGUUAAUAUGGUAUUGGAACUGACCCUGUAUAUAGUCACCUUACCCCUAUAUAUAUCUACCUCCAUCACUCCAGUAUCCCUGCACAUUGUAAAUAUGGUAUUGAACUGACCCUGUAUAUAGUCACCUUACCCCUAUACAUAUCUACCUCUAUCACUCCAGUAUCCCUGCACAUUGUUAAUAUGGUAUUGAACUGACCCUGUAUAUAGUCACCUUACCCCUAUACAUAUCUACCUCCAUCACUCCAGUAUCCCUGCACAUUGUUAAUAUGGUAUUGGAACUGACCCUGUAUAUAGUUACCUUACCCCUAUACAUAUCUACCUCCAUCACUCCAGUAUCCCUGCACAUUGUUAAUAUGGUAUUGAACUGACCCUGUAUAUAGUCACCUUAGCCCUAUACAUAUCUACCUCCAUCACUCCAGUAUCCCUGCACAGUGUUAAUAUGGUACUGGAACUGACCCUGUAUAUAGUCACCUUACCCCUAUACACAUCUACCUCCAUCACUCCAGUAUCCCUGCACAUUGUUAAUAUGGUAUUGAACAGACUCUGUAUUUAGCUUCUUACUUUCUCCUGUUCUUCUUAUUUUGAUAUCUUAUGUAUUUUUGUUCUACCUUGUUUAUUUUUAGUGCUACAUUGAUAUUGAUUACUGCAUUGUUGGGUUUAGAGUUAGCAAGAAAGGCAUUUCACUGUACUAGUGCACUUGACAUUAAAACUUGAAACUAUCUUUCUCAGAGAAUCCCUAUCUAUUAAGAUAAUAACUAUUUCGACAGUGAUGCAACAUGGUCUAUGAUCUCCAGUAGCCAGCCUAUGUGUUAAUCUAGCAGAACACCAGGUUAAGACAUUUCCCUUUACUACAUACCCAAACUGUUACCAACAACCAUCCACAGCUUACACCUCAGUAACCUCCCAGACUAGUUUAGACACUCCAGCAACCUCCCAGACUAGUUUAGACACUCCAGUAACCUCCCAGACUAGUUUAGACACUCCAGUAACCUCCCAGACUAGUUUAGACACUCCAGUAACCUCCCAGACUAGUUUAGACACUCCAGUAACCUCCCAGACUAGUUUAGACACUCCAGUAACCUCCCAGACUAGUUGUGUGAGCCAGCGCCAGGAGAAGGGUAUGACUUGACGGUGUUGUGUGUGUUAACUACAGACACAUAUACAACAAGGUUCCAGCUCCAACGGCGGUAGCUCAUGUAAUUGGCUUCAGCCAAACAUUUGUGAGGAGUGACUACAGCACAGUACUUCACAGUACAUCACAGUACAGCACAUCACAGUACAUCACAGUACAGCACAGUACAGCACAUCACAUCACAGUAUAUCACAGUACAGCACAGUACAUCACAGUACAGCACAGUACUUCAAAGUACAGCACAGUACAGCACAGUACAUCACAGUACAGUACAUCACAGUACAGCACAGUACAUCACAGUACAUCACAGUACAUCACAGUACAGCACAGUACAUCACAGUACAUCACAGUACAGUACAUCACAGUACAGCACAGUACAUCACAGUACAGCACAGUACAGCACAGUACAGCACAGUACAGCACAGUACAUCACAGCACAGUACAGCACAAUACAGUACAUCACAGUACAUCACAGUACAGCACAGUACAUCACAGUACAGUACAUCACAGUACAUCACAGUACAUCACAGCACAGUACUUCACAGUACAGCACAGUACAGCACAGUACAUCACAGCACAGUACAUCACAGUACAUCACAGUACCUCACAGUACAUCACAGUACAGUACAUCACAGUACAGCACAGUACAUCACAGUACAUCACAGUACAGCACAGUACAUCACAGUACAUCACAGUACAGUACAUCACAGUACAGCACAGUACAGCACAGUACAGCACAGUACAGCACAGUACAUCACAGUACAGUACAUCACAGUACAUCACAGUACAGCACAGUACAUCACAGUACAUCACAGAAACAGUACAUCACAGUACAGCACAUACUCACAUACAACAGAACAGAAAACAACAGUACAUCACAGCGGGAGGCAGAGAAAGUUGGUACAUUGUUCUCCACUGCCAGAGGUUUUGUUUUUGUGCCAACUCUGCGCCCCGCUAAAUAAUGUACAUUGUUCCCCCGCAGAUCUGUAGUGUCCAACCUCUGCGGCCCCCGCUAAAUAAUGUACAUUGUUCUCCCCUGCAGAGGUGUAGUGUCAACUCUGCGCCCAGCUAAAUAAUGUACAUUGUUCUCCCCUGCAGAUCUGUAGUGUCAACUCUGCGCCCCGCUAAAUAAUGUAAUUGUUCUCCCUGCAGAGGUGUAGUGUCCAACUCUGCGCCCGCUAAAUAAUGUAAUUGUUCUCCCUGCAGAGGUGUAGUGUCCAACUCGCCCCGCUAAAUAAUGUACAUUGUUCUCCCGGCAGAGUGUUGUGUCCAACUCUGCGCCCGCAGUAAAAUAGUGGUCAUUGUUCUCCCCUGCAGAGGUGUAGUGUCCAACUCUGCGCCCCGCUAAUAAUGUAAUUGUUCUCCCUGCAGAGGUGUAGUGUCCAACUCUGCGGCCCCGCUAAUAAUGUACAUUGUUUCUCCCCUGCAGGAGGUUGUAAGUGUCCAACUCUGCGCCCAGCUUAAAUAAUGUACAUUGUUCUCCCCUGCAGAGGUGUAGUGUCCAACUCUGCGCCCGCUAAAUAAUGUACAUUGUUCUCCCCCCUGCAGAGGUGUAGUGUCCAACUCUGCGCCCCGCUAAAUAAUGUACAAUUGUUCUCCCAUGCAGAGGGUUUUAGUGUCCAACUCUGCGCCCACGCUAAAUAAUGUACAUUGUUCUCCCCUGCAGAGGUUGUAGUGUCCAACUCUUGCGCCCCGCUAAAUAAUGUACAUUGUUCUCCCCUGCAGAGGUGUAGUGUCCAACUCUGCGCCCCGCUAAAUAAUGUACAUUGUUCUCCCCUGCAGAGGUGUAGUGUCCAACUCUGCGCCCCGCUAAAUAAUGUACAUUGUUCUCCCCUGCAGAGGUGUAGUGUCCAACUCUGCGCCCCGCUAAAUAAUGUACAUUGUUUCCUCCCCUGCAGAGGUUGUAGUGUCCAACUCUGCGCCCCGCUUAAAUAAUGUAACAUUGUUCUCCCACUGCAGAGGUGUAGUGUCCAACUCCUGCGCCCCAGCUAAUAAUGUACAGUGUUCUCCCCUGCAGAGGUGUAGUGUCCAACUCUGCGCCCCGCUAAAUAAUGUACAUUGUUCUCCACCCUGGCAGAGGUGGUAGUGUCCAACUCUGCGCCCCGCUAAAUAAUGUACAUUGUUCUCCCUGCAGAGGUGUAGUGUCCAACUCUGCGCCCCGCUAAAUAAUGUACAUUGUUCUCCCCUGCAGAGGUGUAGAGUGUCCCAACUCUGCGCCCCAGCUAAAUAAUGUACAUUGUUCUUCUCCCCCUGCAGAGGUGUAGUGUCCAACUCUGCGCCCCGCUAAAUAAUGUACAUUGUUCUCCCCUGCAGAGGUGUAGUGUUCCAACUCUGCGCCCCGCUAAAUAAUGUACAUGUUCUCCCCUGCAGAGGUGUAGUUGUCCAACUCUGCGCCCCGCUAAAAUAAUGUACAUUGUUCUCCACCUGCAGAGGUGUAGUGUCCCAACUCUGCGCCCGCUAAAUAAUGUACAUUGUUCUCCCCUGCAGAGGUGUAGUGUCCCAACUCUGCGCCCCGCUAAAUAAUGUACAUUGUUCUCCCUGCAGAGGUGUAGUGUCCAACUCUGCGCCCCCCUAAAAAAUGUACAUUGUUCUCCCCUGCAGAGGUGUAGUGUCCAACUCUGCGCCCCCCGCUAAAUAAUGUACAUUGUUUCCCCUGCAAGGUGUAGUGUCCAACUCUGCGCCCCGCUAAAUAAUGUACAUUGUUCUCCCCUGCAGAGGUGUAUUUGUCCAACUCUGCGCCCCGCUAAAUAAUGUACAUUGGUUCUCCCCUUGCAGAGGUGUAGUGCCCAAAACUCUGCACCCCGCUAAAUAAUGUACUUUGUUCUCCUGCAGAGGUGUAGUGUCCAACUCUGCGCCCGCUAAUAAUGUGCAUGUUCCCCCGCAGAGGUGUAGGGGUCCAACUCUGCGCCCCGCUAAAUAAUGUACAUUGUUCUUCCCCUGCAGGGGUGUAGUGUCCAAUUUCUGCCCCCGCUAAAUAAUGUACAUUGUCUCCCCUGCAGAGGUGUAGUGUCCAACUCUGCCCCCGGCUUAAAUAAUGUACAUUGUUCCCCCCUGCAGAGGUGUUGUGUCCAACUCUGCGCCCCGCUAAAUAAUGUACAUUGUUCUCCCCUCCAGAGGUGUAGUGUCCAACUCUGCGCCCCGCUAAAUAAUGUACAUUGUUCUCCCCUGCAGAGGUGUUGUGUCCAACUCUGCGCCAGGCUACAUUGUUCUCCCCUGCAGAGGUGUAGUAUCCAACUCUGCACCAGGCUACAUUGUUGUCCCCUGGAGUGGUGUUCAGUGCAGCUCCAUAUUAAAUCACUGCUCAUUGAUGUCCCUGCAGAGCAGAGAGAGCGGUGCUGUUCAACUCUGCAGUCCGCACCUUGUUAAAUCCAGCCACAUGUCCGUCAGCUCUGCAGUAACAGUUCAAUGCCCCUCAGUGACUGAUAUUGCGCCCCGUUUGGUCCAGCUCCUACCACAGCAUGACAGACCUGGGCUUUGUCCCAACUGGCACCCUAUUUCACUAUAUAGUGCAGCACUUUUGACCAGAGCUCUAUUUCCUUUGUAGUGCACUACUUGUGACCAUGGCACCAUGGGCUCUGGUAAAAAAAAAGAAAAAAAAAGCAGUGCACUACAUAGGGAAUAGGAUGCCAUUUGGGACACAACCCUGGGGCUCUGUGGGUUUCUGACACCAGGAUGAGAAGAGGGGACUGACUGACUACGUCUCUCCCCCGAUCUACCACAUUGUUUAACCCAAAAGGCUCAGACUUUUCUGUUUCCAUCUACGCGGGCAGUCAUCCAUGGCUCCGGCGGACCUGCUCUGACUUGAAGCCAAGGCAAGGCCCUGGGUACAUUUCAGCUGUCAUUUACAGAACAACGGCUCACUGUGGACUUUAACACCGUCUCACAAAGCACCAGUCUUGAAUGAUGCAGAGGUUGUUGAUUCUGCUCGCCACAAGUCUUUAGUGUCACCCUCCUGAUGGAAACACAACAACACUAAAGCCUAUAUUAACAUAAAACUCUGGUGAUACCCUGGUGAUACCCUGGUGAUACCCUGGUGAUAACCUGGUGAUAACCUGGUGAUACCCUGGUGAUAACCUGGUGAUACCCUGGUGAUACCCUGGUGAUAACCUGGUGAUAACCUGGUGAUACCCUGGUGAUAACCUGGUGAUACCCUGGUGAUACCCUGGUGAUACCCUGGUGAUACCCUGGUGUGGGGGAAAGUCAAGAUGGAGAAGCACCAAUAGAGCGGGCCCCAAGGUGUAUAGAGAGGGCUCAGUGGGCCCCAAGGUUUAUAGAGAGGGAUCAGAGGGCCCCAAGGUUUAUAGAGAGGGCUCAGUGGGCCCCAAGGUAGCGGCAGGUAGCUUAGUGGUUAAGAGCGUUGUGCCAGUAACCGAAAGGUCGCUGGUUCUAAUCCCCGAGCCGACUAGGUGAAAAAUCUGUCAAUGUGCCCUUGAGCAAGGCACUUAACCCUAAUUGAUCCUGUAAGUCGCUUUGGAAAAGAGCGUCUGCUAAAUGACUUAAAUGUUAAAUGUAGAGAGGGCCCCGAGGUUUAUAGAGAGGGAUCAGAGGGCCCCAAAGUUUAUAAAGAGGGAUCAGAGGGUUCAGAGGUUUAUAGAGAGGGAUCAGAGGGAUCAGAGGGCUCCAAGGUUUAUAGAGAGGGAUCAGAGGGCUCCAAGGUUUAUAGAGAGGGAUCAGAGGGCCCCAAGGUUUAUAGAGAGGGAUCAGAGGGCCCCAAGGUUUAUAGAGAGGGAUCAGAGGGAUCAGAGGGCUCCAAGGUUUAUAGAGAGGGAUCAGAGGGCCCCAAGGUUUAUAGAGAGGGAUUAGAGGGCUCCAAGGUGUAUAGAGAGGGAUCAGAGGGCCCCAAGGUUUAUAGAGAGGGAUUAGAGGGCUCCAAGGUGUAUAGAGAGGGAUCAGAGGGCCCCAAGGUUUAUAGAGAGGGAUCAGAGGGAUCAGAGGGCUCCAAGGUUUAUAGAGAGGGAUCAGAGGGCCCCAAGGUGUAUAGAGAGGGAUCAGAGGGCCCCAGGGUUUAUAGAGAGGGAUCAGAGGGCUCCAAGGUUUAUAGAGAGGGAUCAGAGGGCUCCAAGGUUUAUAGAGAGGGAUCAGAGGGCUCCAAGGUUUAUAGAGAGGGAUCAGAGGGCCCCAAGGUUUAUAUCAGAGGGCUCCAAGGUUUAUAGAGAGGGAUCAGAGGGCUCCGGGGGCCCCAAGGUUUAUAGAGAGGGAUCAGAGGGCCCCGAGGUUUAUAGAGAGGGAUCAGAGGGCCCCAAGGUUUAUAGAGAGGGAUCAGAGGGCUCCAAGGUUUAUAGAGAGGGAUCAGAGGGCUCCAAGGUGUAUAGAGAGGGAUCAGAGGGCUCCAAGGUGUAUAGAGAGGGCUCAGAGGGCUCCAAGGUUUAUAGAGAGGGAUCAGAGGGCCCCAAGGUUUAUAGAGAGGGAUCAGAGGGUUCAGAGGGCCCCAAUGUUUAUAGAGAGGGAUCAGAGGGCCCCAAGGUGUAUAGAGAGGGAUCAGAGGGCCCCAAGGUUUAUAGAGAGGGAUCAGAGGGCCCCAAGGUUUAUAGAGAGGGAUCAGAGGGUUCAGAGGGCCCCAAGGUUUAUAGAGAGGGAUCAGAAGGCCCCAAGGUGUAUAGAGAGGGAUCAGAGGGCCCCAGGUUUAUAGAGAGGGAUCAGAGGGCUCCGGGGGCCCCAAGGUUUAUAGAGAGGGAUCAGAGGGCCCCGAGGUUUAUAGAGAGGGAUCAGAGGGCCCCAAGGUUUAUAGAGAGGGAUCAGAGGGCUCCAAGGUUUAUAGAGAGGGAUCAGAGGGCUCCAAGGUGUAUAGAGAGGGAUCAGAGGGCUCCAAGGUGUAUAGAGAGGGCUCAGAGGGCUCCAAGGUUUAUAGAGAGGGAUCAGAGGGCCCCAAGGUUUAUAGAGAGGGAUCAGAGGGUUCAGAGGGCCCCAAGGUUUAUAGAGAGGGAUCAGAGGGCCCCAAGGUGUUAUAGAGAGGGAUCAGAGGGCCCCAAGGUUUAUAGAGAGGGAUCAGAGGGCCCCAAGGUUUAUAGAGAGGGAUCAGAGGGUUCAGAGGGCCCCAAGGUUUAUAGAGAGGGAUCAGAGGGCCCCAAGGUGUAUAGAGAGGGAUCAGAGGGCCCCAAGGUUUAUAGAGAGGGAUCAGAGGGCCCCAAGGUUUAUAGAGAGGGAUCAGAGGGCUCCAAGGUUUAUAGAGAGGGAUCAGAGGGCCCCAAGGUUUAUAGAGAGGGAUCAGAGGGCCCCAAGGUUUAUAGAGAGGGAUCAGAGGGAUCAGAGGGCUCCAAGGUUUAUAGAGAGGGAUCAGAGGGCCCCAAGGUUUAUAGAGAGGGAUUAGAGGGCUCCAAGGUGUAUAGAGAGGGAUCAGAGGGCCCCAAGGUUUAUAGAGAGGGAUUAGAGGGCUCCAAGGUGUAUAGAGAGGGAUCAGAGGGCCCCAAGGUUUAUAGAGAGGGAUCAGAGGGAUCAGAGGGCUCCAAGGUUUAUAGAGAGGGAUCAGAGGGCCCCAAGGUGUAUAGAGAGGGAUCAGAGGGCCCCAGGGUUUAUAGAGAGGGAUCAGAGGGCUCCAAGGUUUAUAGAGAGGGAUCAGAGGGCUCCAAGGUUUAUAGAGAGGGAUCAGAGGGCUCCAAGGUUUAUAGAGAGGGAUCAGAGGGCCCCAAGGUUUAUAUCAGAGGGCUCCAAGGUUUAUAGAGAGGGAUCAGAGGGCUCCGGGGGCCCCAAGGUUUAUAGAGAGGGAUCAGAGGGCCCCGAGGUUUAUAGAGAGGGAUCAGAGGGCCCCAAGGUUUAUAGAGAGGGAUCAGAGGGCUCCAAGGUUUAUAGAGAGGGAUCAGAGGGCUCCAAGGUGUAUAGAGAGGGAUCAGAGGGCUCCAAGGUGUAUAGAGAGGGCUCAGAGGGCUCCAAGGUUUAUAGAGAGGGAUCAGAGGGCCCCAAGGUUUAUAGAGAGGGAUCAGAGGGUUCAGAGGGCCCCAAUGUUUAUAGAGAGGGAUCAGAGGGCCCCAAGGUGUAUAGAGAGGGAUCAGAGGGCCCCAAGGUUUAUAGAGAGGGAUCAGAGGGCCCCAAGGUUUAUAGAGAGGGAUCAGAGGGUUCAGAGGGCCCCAAGGUUUAUAGAGAGGGAUCAGAAGGCCCCAAGGUGUAUAGAGAGGGAUCAGAGGGCCCCAAGGUUUAUAGAGAGGGAUCAGAGGGCUCCGGGGGCCCCAAGGUUUAUAGAGAGGGAUCAGAGGGCCCCGAGGUUUAUAGAGAGGGAUCAGAGGGCCCCAAGGUUUAUAGAGAGGGAUCAGAGGGCUCCAAGGUUUAUAGAGAGGGAUCAGAGGGCUCCAAGGUGUAUAGAGAGGGAUCAGAGGGCUCCAAGGUGUAUAGAGAGGGCUCAGAGGGCUCCAAGGUUUAUAGAGAGGGAUCAGAGGGCCCCAAGGUUUAUAGAGAGGGAUCAGAGGGUUCAGAGGGCCCCAAGGUUUAUAGAGAGGGAUCAGAGGGCCCCAAGGUGUAUAGAGAGGGAUCAGAGGGCCCCAAGGUUUAUAGAGAGGGAUCAGAGGGCCCCAAGGUUUAUAGAGAGGGAUCAGAGGGUUCAGAGGGCCCCAAGGUUUAUAGAGAGGGAUCAGAGGGCCCCAAGGUGUAUAGAGAGGGAUCAGAGGGCCCCAAGGUUUAUAGAGAGGGAUCAGAGGGCCCCAAGGUUUAUAGAGAGGGCUCAGAGGGCUCCAAGGUUAAUAGAGAGUGA